AAGAUCGCAACUAACCGUACAUCAACGCACUCACAGUGGCGAGAAGCCCUAUAGGUGCGAGGUAUGUUGGAAAGCGUUUGCACACUCUACCGCCCUUAAGUUGCAUACCCGAAAGCACACAGGCGAAAGCCCUUCAAGUGCGUGCUGUGUGAAGCCAGCUUCACGCAGUUGCCGCAUCUCAAGAAACACAUGCUGUGCAUUCACAAAAGUAGCAAGCCGUACGUCUGUAGAUAUUGCAAGUCGUUUCAUCAGACGAAGAUGGACCUAGAGGCUCACUAUGUCGCAUGUAAACAUUACGCGGAACCUAAGAUGCCGGACGUCAAGCUUAACGACAAAGUCCUGGAGACUCCGAUGCCUGUAGAGAAAAUGAGAUUCUUGCUGGCGAUUUUAUUGAAAAAGAUCUCUGUGCCAGAGAGACUGCAGGAGUUGGGAUUUGAUAAAAAGUUGAUCGAUGAUGUACUGAUAGAAUCCAUAAAGAAUUCGGGAAGAGAACCCUGCACAAAUUCUGAGUUGUCCGUAGGAGAACGAUUGAAGAAGAAUGUCACGAUUCUUCUAGAAUGGACUGUUCCGAAGUCGUAUAUGGAAAGUUCAAGCUGGAACGUCGUUCAACAGAAGAGUUGCUGGAAGAACUGACUUCAUAGAAAUUUGAAGUAACUAAAAAGCAGGUCGUGGAAAACUGUAUUUUACGGGACAAAUAGUUAUACUGAAAAAAAAAAACGCACAUACCAGAUGUCAUGUCAUACUCUGACUGUUGUCUAUAAAUCUGAACAGAUUCUUUUGAUGUCUCCAAAAAUGCGGUUAUUCUCGACG